AUGGGGGAAGGGGGUUACAUCUGUGGUUCAGGAGGGUACCGCAGAUUAGCUGGGUACUUUGGUGAAGGAAGGGUACCAGUCAUGUACUGGUAUUCGCUUAGCCGUGUCCGGAAUCUAAUGGUUGAAUUGAGUGGUAGAAGCACUCUUCAACAUAGCUUUGAUAAUUCAGUUUUUAUUAUACCAGCGGUAAUCGUUGUGGCUAUUGUAGUUUUAGCACUGGUCACAUACAAGCUAACCAGUUCAAUAAAAUUGAAGCAAAAACGCGAAGAAGAAAAGAGGCGAAAACGAGAAGAGAGAUCGAAAAGGAAAAGUUGA